ACAGAAAGGAUGCUGGGAUACUAACGCCCCAGGGUUUACUUGCAAAUCUUCCGAGCUCCACUCUUCUGCCUGAUCGUUCAACACGAAAAGGACAGCUAGGGUCAUAUGCUAAGGAUUGCCUCGAACUCUCAUGUGUUCAACCGC